AUGCACGACCCAGUCGCCACGCCGGCGGGGCACGUGUUCGAGCGCGCCGCGCUUGAGGACUGGAUGGACGCACAGCAGACGGAGCCGCUGACUGGCGCCCCGCUGCACGCCGACCAGGUCACCGAGGCCACAGAGCUGCAGAGCUACAUCCAGGGCUACCAGAUGCAGAUGCUGUCCGCGUGCUCCAUCGCCCCGGAGGCCUUCGACGAGGCGGCGCCCCCCGACGCUGGCACUGUGGCCGGGGGGUGUGAGUCGAAGCACGGGCUCUCGGAGGCGGGCGGCGCUGGCGAGGAGCGCCCCGCGCGGCGCAAGGGCAAGAUCAGGAUCCAGUCGAGGUCGGUGGUGGACUGCCCCGACGAGAUGCGCUGCGCCAUCGACGGCAAGGUGAUGGUCAACCCCGUGAGGUGCCAAGGGCGCGUGGGGCGGCGGCGACCCCGAGAGGACCACAUCGUGUCGGGCGGCGGUGCGCAGGCAAUUGCAGAGCACGCUGGGGCCGGCCAGGCCCAACUUUGGCCCAGGACCGUCGUACGUGGGCUCUGGCCUGGCCAUGGAGGGCACGUGCACCGAUCCUCGGCCCAGAGUGGGCCUGACCAGGAUCGGUGCUCGCGCACAGUUCUCUCGACCUGCCGUACAACCUUCCCGGAAGCCCAGACAUUGUCUCCAGCACCGCUGUCGGCGGUCGCCCCCGCCGACGGAAAACGACCUUCGAUCUUGGUGAUGGUGGUAGUCAUCAGGCCUCUAAAGUAG